GUCAGUCGCCAUUAUCAGGGCAACAUUCAGCACAGUGAAGUGUAGAGGUCACCGCUUUCUUGUCCUUAAACCUUCAAAAAUCACGUGUAUUGCAGCAUGGACAGCUCAGGCAAGGGGUCAGGGGUGGGUCGGGCACGGGGAAGAUCCCGGGGCCAGCAGCAGCAGCAGCACCAGCAGCAGCAGCCUCCCUCAACAGAUGCGCCUGGGGUGGGAAAGCAGCCCACGCCACACUCCCGCCCCAUUACACCGUCCACCAAGUUGAUCCAGCCAGGCUCAGUUGCCCCUCUCCAAGAGGAGGGGUAUGGGACGGGCCGGGCCAGAGGACGCAGUCGAGUGAGCCAGGAGGACAAGGGGCUUCAGGCUCAUGCAUGGGGAGGACAGGGCGGUCAGGAGGGCAGGGCGGCCUACAGGGGCAAAGAGAAGAUGGUGAAGGGCUCAUCAAGCAAGCAGAGGGAGGUAUCUGAAGCCAUGGGUGCUAUGAAGAUCCAGGGAGGCAGCUCUGAUGAUAGUGAAGACAAUGGCAAUGGAAACGGGCAGUCGGUGGGUCGUGGUGUGAUGCGUGGCAAGAGGGACAUCGGUCAGAUCGUGUGGACCAAGCCAAGUAGCAUUACAGUGAAGAAAGGGACAUGUGGUCAGGUACUGCCUCUGUGUAGCAACCACUUCCCCUUUACAAAGAUAGAAGGACUCAAGACUUGCCUGUACCAUGUUGACUUCAGCCCAGAAGAAGACCGCACUCCAGUGAGGAAGAAGCUUCUGGCACAGCACCGCACCACUCUGGGAGGCUACAUCUUUGAUGGCAUGAAGCUAUGCAUACCCCAUAAGCUGGGAUCAGAGGUAACAGAGCUGGUGUCGAAGCUAGAAGAUGGUGGCACUGUGUUUCAGCUCAGACUCAAGUUUAUCAAGGAGGUGAACUUCAUGGACCCAGAAUACAUGCAGCUUAUGAAUAUUUUGAUGAGGCGCUGUAUGGAGUACCUCAAUUUGCAGCUUAUUGGCAGGAAUUAUUACAAUGCUAGUGCUGAGAUUGUGGAUGAGAAACACAAGAUCGUCAUCUGGCCAGGGUUCUGCACCACAAUCCGCCAACACGAGGACAAACUCAUGUUGAAUGCAGACGUUUCCCACAAAUUCCUGCGCAAAGAGACUGCCUACCAAGUCAUGCUGCGUCGUGCCCCCAAUCCAAAAGAAGCCGCACUGGCCAACCUUCUGGGUGCAGUGGUGGUCACUAAAUACAACAACAGAACGUACAAGAUUGAUGACAUCGCCUGGGACCUCAACCCCCGCAGCAGGUUCCCAUACAAGGGCAAGGAGAUCAGCUACUUGGAGUACUAUGAGAGUAAGUACCAGGUUAGGAUCCGUGAUGUGAAGCAGCCCCUACUGCUGUCCAAACCCAAGAAGAAGGACCUGCGGCGGGGGGCUGGGGACGUGUAUCUGGUGCCGGAGUUGUGUCUGAUGACAGGGCUUACUGAGGAGAUGCGUGCUGACUUCAACAUGAUGAAAGACUUUGCUGAGUAUCUUCGCACUGCACCAGACAAGAGGGUCCACUCUCUCAUGGUACUCAACAGGGAUCUGGCUAGUAAUGAGAAGGUGAAGGAGGAAAUGUCCAGCUGGGGUUUGCAACUCUCCAACAAAUUAGUCGAGUUUCAGGGACGUAUCCUUCCUGAAGAGAGAAUUCUGCAGGGAGGGAAGUCCAUUAUAUACAACAGGGAAACCGCAGACUGGUCUAGGGAAGUGCGCUCGCUGCGACUAAACAUGCCAGUCAGUGUUGAUAAGUGGGCUAUUGUGUUUGCCUAUCGCUACCGGGACGUGGCCAGGGAACUGUGUGCCACUCUGCAGCGUGUGGGGCCGCCAAUGGGGAUGCAGUUCAGCUCCCCUGUCAUUCACUGCCUUCAGAGCGAGAGCAUGCAGGAGUGUGUGAGUGCCUUGGGUAAUUGUGGUGGGUUUCAGUUGGUGCUGGUGGUGCUGCCAAACAAUAGAAUGGACUUCUACAGCGCCGUCAAGAGGCAGCUGGCCAUCAACAUGGGAAUUCCCAGCCAGUGUGUUCUGAGCCGCACACUGUUCAAGAAGCAGAGGCUGAUGUCUGUUGCCACCAAGAUUGCCAUUCAAAUCAACUGCAAGCUGGGAGGGGAGCCAUGGGGUGUGGCCAUCCCUGUCAAGAACACAAUGGUGAUAGGUUAUGAUGCCUAUCAUGAAAAGGGAUCAAGAAAUGUUUCCUAUGGUGCUGUGGUGUCCUCGCUCAACCAGGGCUGGUCUCGUUACCUCUCCCAGGCUGCCACACACAAAAACCAUGAGGAACUUACCAAUAAUUUUACCCUGGGAGUGAGGAAUGCACUGCAGAGGUAUAAGCAGGAGAACGGAACCCAUCCCUCCCGUGUGUUAGUGUACAGGGAUGGGGUUGGCGAGGGGCAGAUUGAGUACGUGAUGGACCAUGAGAUUGCUGGCAUCCAGAGAUGCUUUGACGAGAUGUGCGAAACAAAGCCAGAGUUUGCAUUCAUCAUCGUGUCUA